GUUGUCCCAGCCUGCAUAUUAAGUGAUGAGCAGGCGUGGUCUCCUUUUGGUGUAGCAGAUUUCAGUUUGUGGGUUUUCUCUUAAUACAAGAAUAAUGGGGAAAUCUCCUGUGGGUUGUCAGAAUGUUGCUGACAAAAACAUUGGAAGUAUGAAGUUCUGUAUCUCUUUUCCAAAAUAAUGAGCUUUGAUAUUAAGACAUGUCCAUGAGAUGUUACAGCAGAUAUUUUGGAGGGGGAAAGAUAAAGCAAGGUGCAUUUCCUUAGUAAUUCCUUAGCAAUUCUUAUGUCUUCACUGAUUUUUCUUUUAGUAUUAUUAUUAUUUUCCCCCUCUUCAUCAUAAGCCAAAAUGUUUUGUCUGUGGAAAUUUACAUUGGUUUUGAAAUGAGAUGGUACAUUAGUAUAAUGAGACUGUAUCAUAAUGAAAGUAGGCUUAAUUAACCAGUUAUUUAAAGUAGUAAUGACUUUUAGAGUCAUGUUUAUGCUGCAGCUGCAAUUGAUUUAAUCUUUGAGACAGUUGCCCUUGUUAAGAAUAUUCUGAUUAAUGUAGAGUAUUUCUGAUUAAUAGUUAAGGUCCUCUGUGAUAUGGAAAGGGAAAAACUGGUUUUCUUCCUUCUAUAUGUAUAUUAAAGAAACAAAAGAAAACCUUAGGAUUCUAACCCAGCUGAAAAAACUUGUUCCUAAAGAGCCAGAGAGAUUGAAGCAGCUGAUUUCCUGCUUUAGAUCCCUUGCAGUUGGCAGUAAAUCAGGCUACAAAUUCUUCUCUCUCUCUUCUGUGGACAAAUUAGAGCAGAUCUAUGAAUGCACUGACACAGAAGAUGUGUGCAUUGUGGAGAGGCUCUUCUCCAGUAGUCUGGUGGCCAUAGUUAGCCUUAAAGCUCCACGCAAGCUGAAAGUUUGUCACUUUAAGAAGGGGACAGAGAUUUGCAACUACAGUUACUCCAACACCAUCUUGGCUGUCAAACUCAACAGACAGAGGCUGAUAGUAUGUCUGGAAGAGUCUCUUUAUAUACACAACAUACGAGACAUGAAGGUAUUACAUACAAUCAGGGAGACCCCUCCCAAUCCUGCAGGGUUGUGUGCUUUAUCAAUAAACAAUGAUAAUUGCUACCUGGCCUAUCCAGGAAGUGCAACUAUUGGAGAAGUACAAGUCUUUGACACCAUCAAUCUGAGAGCUGCCAAUAUGAUCCCAGCUCAUGAUAGUCCCUUGGCUGCUUUGGCAUUUGAUGCAAGUGGUACUAAACUUGCCACAGCCUCAGAAAAGGGGACAGUAAUAAGAGUGUUUUCCAUUCCAGAGGGACAGAAACUCUUUGAAUUCCGAAGGGGAGUGAAGAGGUGUGUGAGCAUCUGUUCAUUGGCUUUCAGCAUGGAUGGCAUGUUUCUGUCUGCAUCCAGUAACACAGAGACGGUGCAUAUCUUCAAACUUGAGACUGUGAAAGAAAAACCUCAGGAAGAGCCUACAACCUGGACAGGUUACUUUGGAAAAGUGCUGAUGGCCUCAACGAGCUAUCUGCCCUCUCAAGUAACAGAGAUGUUCAACCAGGGUAGAGCCUUUGCUACAGUCCGUCUGCCCUUCUGUGGGCACAAAAACAUCUGUGCACUUGCCACAAUCCAGAAGAUCCCUCGUUUGCUGGUGGGAGCUGCUGAUGGGUAUCUCUACAUGUACAACUUAGACCCCCAGGAAGGAGGCGAGUGCACACUAAUGAAGCAGCACAAGCUCGAUGGCAGCAUGGAGCCCGCCAACGAAAUUCUGGAGUCUGCAUCCCACGACCGGCCGUUGGUAGCACAGACGUACAGCGCUGCUGUGACUAAAGGUACAUAUGUGCCUUCCUCACCCACCAGGCAUGCCUAUACGGAUGACCUGGGUGCUGUGGGUGGAGCUUGCCUGGAAGAUGAAACCAACUCACUCAGAUUGGAUGAAGACAGUGAGCAUCCCCCCAUGAUCCUUCGGACAGACUGAACUUGGACCUGUGAACUCACUCCUGAAGCAGAGAACACUGGCUUGAUGUUUCUUGAGGAAUCUCGUGUUAUGCUGCUAUGAACUUUGACAUGAGUUGGGAGAGAGGAUGACAGACUCUUACAGUUUUAAGUCGUAGCUGUAGUUCUAAUUCUAUACAAUUGGAAAAAUAUAUGGUUUUCAAUUCAGUGGCUUUUAAUCUUGCUUAUCUAUUUUAGCUGUGUUUAUUUUUUUUGUUGCCAAAACCUGCUGUUUGUGCAGCCCUCGGAGCCUACUUAGCUUUGCAUGCAUUCAUGUGCCAAGCAAGCAUAGGAGGGGGAGAGAGAGAGAAGCCACUUUAUAACAAACUCAAGUUUGUAUUUUUUUUAUAUAUGUAUAUAAUAUUUAGUCUAUAUAAGGAAGGAGUACAGAAGUGGUUCUGGAAGCUGAGACUAGUUCUGCACUGACAAAGGUCCAAAUGGUUUCCUGUGCAUGGGCUUGCAGGCAUACCUAGUGACUGACAUGCAACCUUUCAAAUGCAAUGGCCUGGUUUUUUUUGGGUUCUCCCUUCCCUUUCCUGGACCAUUUUGUUAAUUAAAAUUCCUUCUGAAUGUUGUGUA